CAUAUUAAAUCUCCGCCAGCAGGAGGCAACAGACUCAAUCAGGCGCAGCUGCGCUGUGUAUCUCAUGACCAGCGAGUAACAGUAUCGCUCAUCGCAGGAGAGGAAUGGAUCUGUGAAAGACCACUUCAUCAGCCAUUACUAAGGAUAUCAGUGUUACUGAUGGGCCUGAUAAUGGCCAACCGAGGAGGCUAGCGUUACCAUGGGCAGCGUCACACUGCGCUACUUUUGCUAUGGUUGCCUCUUCACCUCCGUGACCUGGUCGGUACUUCUCUUCCUGUAUUUCAACCUCAGCCAGGAAAGCCGUUUGUCCUUCAGAAAUGUGCCCAUCCAGGGGCAGCGCCGUUUCCAGCCUCGUUUCACCCGUGGCCCAGUGGUCCAGCAUAGAGAUGGCAGUCAUGUGCGCAAAGGCCAUGCAGUGGAGGCUUUCAAACCAGACCUCUCUCCGGAGCUGGGAAUGAUUUUUAACAAGCAGGAUCAAGAGGUACGAGAUAUGGGCUAUCAUAAGCACGCAUUCAACGUACUCAUCAGUAACCGUCUCGGCUACCACAGAAACGUCCCCGACACCAGGAAUGACAAGUGCAGGGACAGGACCUAUCCUGUGGCUUUGCCCACGGCCAGCAUAGUGAUCUGUUUCUUCAAUGAGGCAUUCUCUGCCCUCCUGAGGACUGUUCACAGUGUGCUGGAUCGCACACCAAACUACCUGCUCCAUGAGAUCAUACUGGUAGAUGACCACAGUGAACUGGAUGAUCUGAAGGAAGACUUGGAUUCUUACAUUCAGCAGCACCUGCAGAAGAAAGUGAAGCUGGUUCGUAAUGAGCGGAGGGAGGGGCUGAUCCGUGGGAGGAUGAUUGGGGCAUCUCACGCUACAGGUGAGGUGUUGGUGUUUCUGGACAGUCACUGUGAGGUGAAUGAGGCAUGGCUCCAGCCUCUGCUCACACCCAUUAAAGAGAACAGAAAAACCGUGGUGUGUCCUGUCAUUGACAUCAUCAGCGCAGACACGCUAGUAUACAGCCCCUCUCCUAUCGUGCGGGGGGGAUUCAACUGGGGCUUGCACUUUAAAUGGGACCCAGUGCCCAUGUCUGAACUCAACAGCCCCGAUGGAGCCAUCAGGUCUCCCACGAUGGCAGGUGGACUGUUCGCCAUGGACAGGAAUUAUUUUUAUGAGCUUGGCCAGUAUGACCGUGGCAUGGACAUAUGGGGUGGAGAGAACUUGGAAAUCUCUUUUCGGAUUUGGAUGUGUGGAGGCCAAUUACUAAUUGUUCCCUGCUCCAGGGUGGGGCAUAUCUUCCGCAAGCGCCGGCCCUAUGGGUCACCUGGAGGUCAGGAUACAAUGGCCCACAAUUCCCUGCGUCUGGCCCAUGUCUGGAUGGAUGACUAUAAGGAGCAGUACUUUGCCUUGCGCCCUGAGCUGAGGAACCGUAACUAUGGGGACAUCAGCGAGCGGGUCGCGAUUCGGAAGCGGCUGCAAUGUCACUCCUUUAAAUGGUACCUGGACAAUAUCUACCCUGAAAUGCAGGUUUCCUCCCCACACAAGCCCCAGCAGCCUGUCUUCAUCAACAAGGGUUUGAAGAGACCCAAGGUCCUGCAGCGGGGUCGGCUGCGUAAUCUGCUGGCUGACAAGUGUCUGGUGGCGCAGGGACGUCCCAGUCAGAAGGGGGGCGCUGUGGUGGUGAGAGACUGUGAUCCACAGGACCCGGAGCAGGAAUGGGCUUAUGAUGAGGAACAUGAGUUAAUUUUAGCUGGGCUGCUGUGUUUGGACAUGUCUGAGAUUCGUUCCUCUGACCCGCCACGCCUCAUGAAGUGUCACGGCUCAGGUGGAUCUCAACAGUGGACACUGGGGAAGAAUAACUGGCUGUACCAGGUGUCAGUGGGCCAGUGUUUGGCUGUUGCCGACCCUCUCAGCAUCAAAGGAUAUGUUGCCAUGGCGAUCUGUGAAGAUUCCAGGUCCCAGCAGUGGCAAUUGGAGGGUUGAAGAGGCUGGUAGCGUGAGGAACAGCUAGUAUAGAGCGCCCCCUCUGGCUGGGCAUUGAACUGCACCGCCACAGUGCCGUCAGCUCAGAAAUGAUCAACAGACCCUUGCUGGUCCAGGCUGCUGUAACAGAAAAUUGCGAGGGCCUGCAGUGAGGACAACAAUUUAAGCUCAACUUUGAGUUUCAGCCUUGGUCUGAAGCUUUCUCAACCCGUAUACUUUUCUCAGAAACAAACUAUUUUUAGAGAGUAUUUUAAAAAAUUGUGUUUAUUCAAGUAUUUGUAAGUUUUAAUAAUUUUAAUUUGCUCUUUAAAAUGUAAACAAUUUGCACAGAGAAAUUCUAUUUUCAUUUUAUUACAGAUGUUAGAUGUGUUAAAUAUAACCAGUCUGUAAUCAUUAUUUUUACCUAUGAAUGCAGCAUUUCUUAGAAAUAAACUUUAUUUGUCUGUUUUUCCCCCAGUCAAAUUAACAUAAGCCUGUCAUAUUGAUUUCCUUUUUGUAAUUUUAUUUGAUUUAAUGAUCACUGGAUUUACCUUGACCUUAAUAAACUGUAAAUUAAUUGA